CAUUUGUCAUUGUCAAAGUUCUAAAUGCAGAAAUAAUCGUAAUUCAAUGGCAUUGAUUAUUGGAUUUUCCGUUUAAUUUACUCAAAUUAGUAAAACAACAAGCAAAAUGCUGCGUUUUUGUACACAAGGUGUGUUGAACAAUAGUAGGGUAAUCAUCCAACCUCUCAUACAAAAACAGAUAACCUCGAAAUUAAAACCCAUCAUCAGCUGUCCCGGUGUUAUAAGCAGGCAUUAUGCAGUGAAACUAAGAGAUGAAGAUAACAAGUUGGAGUGUAUAUAUUACGGUCCCUUGACACCACAGAUAAAGGGCGUGAAGGUGUUCUCACUGAGUUCUAGUGCAGCAGGUCUGUUGGCUCAGCCCAUAAUCAUAAGAGAGGCAGCGACGAUUGGCAGCACGUCACUACUUGUGGCAUUAUGCUCAGUAGUCGGCUUCUUCACUUUUGUAACGCCUCUAUUACUCCACUUCAUAACUAAAAAGUAUGUGACGGAAAUACACUAUGACCCCACAACAUCUACAUACAGUGCUACCACUAUCAAUUUCUUUUUAGCAAGGAAAAAGCUUGACUUCAAAGUGGAAGAUGUACAAGUCCCUGAUAUUCCCGGUGCGUUCACCACAUUGAACGCCAAGGGGGUUCCCCUUUUCAUAGAAGCAAGACACUUCACAGACCCCAUACAUUAUGCCAAAAUGAUGGGAUAUGACAAACCUAUGGACUUUAAGCUCGGCGAUCAAACAGAAGAUAGCAGUAAAUCAAAUUAGUGGUUACAUUUUGUUAUUUAUUAUAGUUGCUUUAAAAUAAAUAGUUAACGAGUUUA